AUGUACAAUAAAGGGUAUACGGGAGGCUCAUAUUGGGCUCAUACUGGAAGCGCAGCAAACUGGAUCUGUUUGACCGAUUCACCGCAGUGGGGCUAUUAUGAAGAAAAUGUGGCCUCGGGGGCAAAGGUGUACGGUGGAGAAUACGAGUUCAGCGACUUCCACCAUAACGGAGGUAGCAAGUACUUCGGACAAAACUUGAACGACGAGGACGCUCCUUGUGCCGUGUGCAAAUCGCCGCGCUCAUCAUCGGUAAUGAUCCCUGGUAGGAAGGAAUGCUUCCCUGGAUGGCCGAAGGAAUACAACGGAUAUUUAGUAGCAGGAGAUUACCAACACCCCUCAGCCUCUGAGUUUAUCUGCUUAGACGAACGUCCGGAAAUGCUUGUAGGGGGCGCUGCGAACAAGGACGGUAAAACCUUCUACCUUGCGGAGGCGGUCUGCGGUUCUCUCCCUUGUCCCCCAUACGUUCAGGGGCGAGAACUCACGUGUGUAGUGUGCAGCAAGUAAAAUGCUCGAUUAUAUUUGAUGAUACGUGUGCUUCGAGUAUAACUUAU